UUGUUGGAACGUGCGCGAGAAAAUAUUUACAGUCAUUCACAAAGGUAUCAAUCAAGGAAUAAGAAUCCAUAAUGUUAAUACUUCUUACAAUCGCGGCAUUAAUAAUUUUGUGCAUCAGUCAAAUUGAUUUUCGUAAGAUCUACUUAGCGCUUAAGAUACCUGGUCCGUUUCCGCUACCAAUUUUGGGGAAUGCUUUACUAUUUUAUGACAAAUCGCCGGAAGAAAUACGCAGAAUUGGGGAACAAUUAUUUGAAAAGUAUGGUAACAUUUUCUCAGCAUGGAUGGGACCACAGUUUACUGUUACCAUAAGCGAUAGAAAGUUCGUGGAAUAUGUUCUGACCAGUUCAAAGUUCAACGAAAAGGCCAGUCCAUAUUCACUUUUAAAACCUUGGCUGAACGAUGGCUUGCUUAUUAGUAAAGGUUCCAAAUGGUAUCAACGACGGAAAAUUAUUACACCUGCAUUUCACUUCGGCGUAUUAGAUGAAUACGUGCGAGUGUUCGAUCGGGAAUGUAUCGUCUUUGUUGAAAUACUAUCAAAAUUCAAUAGUGCGGACAAAGUAGACCUGAGCGAUUUGAUUAGAUUGUGCUCACUGGAUAUCAUUUGCGAGUCCGCAAUGGGAGUGAAUGUAAACGCUCAACGAAACUCAGAUUCAGAAUAUGUAAAUGCUGUGGACAAAAUGAUGAGUAUUUUGAAUCGCCGAUGUUUCAGUAUUCCGCAUCGUUUAGACUUGUCUUUCAAAUUUACAAGCGCAUACAGAGAACAAACAAAUUGCCUCAAAAUAUUACACUCAUUCACCGACAAAGUAAUAAAGGAACGAAGGAAACGACUACUUGAAAGCAGUGCUAAUAUGGACGAAACGAAGAGUAAGAAGACACUAUUGGACAUUCUGCUGCAAUCGACUAUCGAUGGAAAGCCGUUGACCGAUAAGGAAAUUCGAGAAGAAGUUGACACAUUCAUGGUGGAGGGACACGACACAAUCAAGUCCGCACUGACAUUUUGCUUCUAUGCCAUUGCAAAACAUCCAGAGGUGCAACGUAAAUGCUUUCAAGAAAUCAGAGACGUAUUAGGAGAUGAUCCAAUGAGGCCUGUCACCUUGAAGGACUUGAAUAAUUUGAGAUAUUUGGAUUUGAUAAUAAAGGAGACGCUUCGCAUAUUUCCACCAAUCCCAAUGCUUGGACGGAGAAAUUUAAAGGAGGCUUCCAUUGGUGAAUAUACAAUACCGAAGGACACUGAUGUUCUUAUUGUAACACAUUUUCUAACACACAACCCUAAACUAUUUCCCGAACCACUGGAAUUUCGUCCGGAACGAUUUUUGGAAGAAAAUUCUGCCGACAUUCUUGCGUUUAUUUCUCAUUUUCCAUUCGGCGCUGGUCUUAGAAGCUGUAUUGGACACAAAUAUGCAAUACUGGAGAUGAAAGCUGUCAUCACGAGAAUACUAAGACAUUUCGAUGUUUCUCUUGCAGAAGAAAGCAAAGCGUUCCCAUUGUUGACCUAUGAAAUAGUUCUUACGUCUAAAGAGAAAAUUUAUUUCCAUCUGCAACCAAGAUUGUACUGAUAAACUUCAAUUCGUUUCGAAUGGAUUUCUUUUCAAAUGCAUUGGCCAUCAAAACUAUUGCAGGGGGACAUUUCGUAAAAAAAAUAAUUUGCGUUUUCCUAUUGAGUUUAACAACAAAUACGAGAUAAUUUUAAGUAGUCAAUUAAUUAGAAUUUUUCAGGGCUGUGGAACAACUAGCUUUUUUUAACAAAUGCGAACGAAGUAAGAAGCGACGUAUAGAAAAAGAAGAAAAGUCUUAUUCAACUCAUCUUGUACUCACGUUAGCAAUUUGCGUGAACGCUCAACUUUCGGAGGUACACAUAAAUAACAUGUUCACAAGCACACUCUGAUGGUUCGUUGCUAAAGCGGAACGUUAAACAUAUAGAAUGUACCCCACUGAUUUCAUAUUGGCGUUCAAAAUUUUGUUCGUUUAAAAGAGCUUUGAAAAAUUCUAAUUAACGUUUUUUUACUAAUAUUUAUGCUUAAAGUUAUCCAAUAAAAGUUUUUAAAUC